CUCCUCCUCCAUCCACAACACCCCUCCUACCCACCCUCCAUCCUGUUUACUUACUUGAAAGCUUUCAAAGGACUUCUGUGUAAGUCGUAAGCAAGGCGGUGGAGGCGGGGUGGGAGCGAAAAUAAGAAGAAAUAGUCAACGCCAUCACAGCAUCUCCCACAAAAGGAUAAAAUCAUAAGUAGAGCAGAGUAGGGUCAGGAGGUGCAGCCAUGCUUUGCAAAUUCUUUCUGAUGAUCUCUCUUUGGGUUCUGUUACCAAGCUCAGAUGCCGGAAGACAGAUGCCUAAACUUUCUACUCGAAAACGCUGCGCUGACUCGGAAUGUAGCUAUGCUAUCCUGAUAGCUCGUGCUGUGCAGGACUAUCAUCCCGCGGACUGCAGGUUCAUCUCGAUCAGACAGGGGCAGCUGGUUUAUGUCUACGCCAUGCUACAGGACACUGGCAACCUCUUCUGGGCAGGCAGUGUUCAGGAUUCUUAUUAUGGAGGACAGGAGGCUCGUAUCGGUCACUUUCCCAGCACCGUGGUGGAGGAGGUUCAAGCUCUGGAGCCAGCCAACACAGAAGUCAAGACGACCAAAUGGGACUUUUACUGUAACUGAAAUGGGAUCCUUCAAAGAGGUGAUCAACUUGCUCUCCAGUUACCGCGCAUUAGAAGUUUAUACAGCAGCCGCUUCAUGAGGUACAGCUGCAGAAUGUAAUGUAACGUUUUUUAUUGUUGUGCUUUGCAUUGUUGUUGAAGCUUAAUUGCAAUGCUUUGAGCUUUCUCGAACAAAAACAUUUUUGAGUAUAAUGGAGUGCAACUAGUCAAAUGAUAACGCUUACUUUUCUCAUUUAGCACUGAGAUGUUAUUCAGCUUUUUUUUUUUAAUGAAUUGCAGAACCCUUAUUUUGAAUUAGCAUUUCAUGCAAAAAAAAAAAAGUAUUGCUGGUUAAAGUUUUAAU